UCUGAUAAUGCAAUGCGCGCGAAACAAUGGCUGUCUCGGAAUCAAGAUGUAAACAGACUCGAAAUUAACAUUUCUGAAGCAUAUUUGCAGAAUGGCGAGCAAGCGGAAGCUCGAAGAAGAUGCAGAAACGUUCGCCACCCCAAGUAAAACUCAAAAAAUGUUGGAUGAAGUGAAAAGAUCAGGAAGAGUCAGGAAGAAGCCAGCCAGAUUCAAAGAUACAGGAGAAGAAUCAGAUGAAGAUGGAGAAAUAGUGAAGACCCCUAAAAGUCCUGAAAGUGUUAGUCCAGGCACUGCUAAAUCUGUUCCGAGUCCAAAGGGAGCACCCACAGUGACAGUACCAUUCAUUCUGAAACCAGAUGCAGUGGCAAGUCCAGCAAAAGGGCCCAAGCCUAAAGCAAUUGUUGCCAAAUCUCCAGGUGUCAUUAUGAUACAGAAUCCAAGUCUGCUGGGGACAGGUGCUGAGACCAACCCUUUAGUAGUAUCUCCACAUGUGGUGUCGGUCCCCACAGUGGCACCUGUCACAGUGCCUGUUGUUGUCCAAUCACCAGUUAUCCCCCCUGUCCAGUCGCCAGUGACCAUCAAGGCUAAAACUCAAACAUCACAAAGCGCCGACUUCGACAAUAAAUCAGGACGGGUGAGGAAGAAGUCAAAAAAAGUUCUUGAAAUGGAGGCAUUUGAGGAGGCUGAGCGCAUAAAAACAACCACCAAAAAAGUGCCUGAAACGAAGGGCAGUCAGAAGUCACCUGCAGCGAGGAAGAGUGGUCAUAUUGGGAUAGUAGGAAAGGCUGCAGACACUGUACUGACCGCUGUCACACUGACCGGUCUGUCCCAAGGAGUGGCUGCUGAGGUCGGCAAACUGACUGCAGUCAAGAUGGAGCCUGCAGAACAGAUGCUGGACACCAGUAUUCCACCUCAGGCUCUACCACAGCCAGCCAUACCAGGAAAGAUGGAUCCUGCAUUGGCUAAUCUCCCACCAUUUCCUCCGUCAAAGCUUGGAACAUUAUCAAAACCAGCCAUUCCUGGAAAGAUAGAUCCAGUGUUAGCAAAUCUCCCACCAUUUCCACCAUCAAAACUUGGUAACUCUUCUAAAAAAGGUAAAAAGAAAAAAGAUGAUAUCGGUCCAAUAACUACUCCACCAUUGAUUGCUCCAGCUUCUCCGAUUGUUGCUGGUGCUAAAAAAGUCAAAACUACCCCAAAAGCUAAGAAAAGCAAACAACAGGAACUGAUGGAGGUGGAGCCACAUUUAAUGGGUGGGGCAAUGUCUGUAGGUGUAACAGAAGAACAAGAUAUAGGUGUGCUACAGUCUGGAUCCUUGUCAGACAGCUCUGUCAAAGUUAAGACAGAGCCGACAUCUCCAGGAAAGACUGUGAAAAGAGGUCUGAAAGGAUCACCUUCUGCAAUAGAUCCCUCUCUCAUUGAAACUGGGAUUCGCAUGCCACAGUCCAUAGCAGGACAAAGUGGAAGCGUUAUUAAAAUGCUACUCAAUACACCCACACAAUUCUCUAGUCCUACUGUGUCUACUCAGUCAAUAAACACUAGUGAGAAGGCACAGAAACUAGGCACUUCCCCCGAGGCCAUGGAUACAAGUAUUGUCAAGUCGGAGGCCAUGUACCUCGGGGACGAGUCGACAAUUCUGUUGUCCACAGACAUUAUGGAGCACACAGAGACAGUUGGAGACGAAGAUGUGUACGAUAAAAAGAAACAGAAAAAAAUAAUUAAAAAGACAAUUCUUAUGGACCCAAUGGAUGAUGAUGAGGAUGAUGAUGAUCUGGACGAUUUAGAUGAUGAUGACGAUGAUUUUGAUAAUGGGGAUGAAGCAGGUGAAUGGGAAUUCGAAAAUCAGGACGGUAAGUUGGUGAUCGCAGAUUUUCCCAAGAAAGGAAAUGAGGAAUUGGAGGAAGAUAAACAGGCCGUAGACUCAAAUAAAGGAAAGAAAUCUCCAAAACGACCAACACCUAAAAAGCGACCACAGAGCAAGGGCAAGGCUGAUGGAGCAGAUGCAGAUGGUGAGCAAGGCGAUGGGAAGAAAGGUGGAAAAGCAGCGAAGGAAAAGAAAAAGAAGAGGCUGACUGCCUAUACUAUGUGGUGUAACACCGUCCGAAACAAAGUCCUCAGUGAAAAUCAAGGGAUGGAUUUUGCACAGCUCAGCAGACGUUUGGGUGAAAUUUGGCAAGGCUUACCAGCAAAAGCUAAAAUGGCAUGGAAACGUAAAGCAAAGCGUGAGGCACGUAAAUUGAUGGGGAAGGGUCUUCUUAUCUCCACAUCCAAGGGUGGUGGAGGAGUCAUCACUACCACCAUCCCUUCAUCCCACGCUAUGUCAGCAGCUGCAGCUGCUGCGGCAGCCAAUACUACUGCCCAUGCCACACCUACUCAACAAGCCACUCCCGCAGCACAGCCAGUCAAAGUGAUUACCGCUAUGCGAGAGGAACCAGCUACAACAAAGGCAUUUGGAAUAGAGCCUAUUGAUGUGUCUGCUCACCUAAAGCUGGUCGGAGAAUCUCUUGGCAUCAUUGGGAUGCGACUCCAGGAACACAGGGGACUGAUAGCAGUACAGGGGAGCCUAUCUGUACUACUAGACUCUAUGCUGUGUGCCCUGGGACCUCUGAUGUGCCUCACUACCCAGAUCCCGGAAAUGAAUGGCUGCUCCGAUGAAACCCAUUCCAGGACUCUUGACAAUGUUGCGUUCUUCAUGCCAGGACUCUGACAUGAAAACAGUUACCUUGACAUGAAACAUCUUGACAGUUUUAAACUAAAUCUCAAGAAUAUUUGGAAGAGAUUAAUGUACAAAAUUACAGACGUGAGACGUUUUUACUUAUAAAAUGCAUUUAUUUGUACUAGGGUAAAGAGGUCUUGUUUAAUUCAGCCAUCGCAAAUUGAUUUUUUUAUAGAUUAAGUAUCCAUCAAUAGUUUGGAUGCAAGAAAGUUAUCAUGGGAAAGUAGAGGUUCCAUAGGAAAGUUCACCAAUAAAAAUUACCAUUUGGGGAAGACUGCUUUUAAUGGCCUUAAACCUGCUGUGUAUGAGUGAGGUGAAAAGAUCACGAACUUUGACAGUACAAAAUGACUUUAUUUUGAAAUCAGUUAAAAAUUGAAUUGCAUUUCAAGCUAACUUCAGGAAAUUGCUUUUAAAUCUUGAACUGUUAAAACCAGUAGUUUUUUUUUAAUGACUUGUAGUGUUUUUGUUGUACAUGAGAUUCAUGUAGAUUUAGAUUGUGUCUAUUCUUUUUCAUAUCAUGAAUUUAUCAUUCACAUUUUCUGAAUUCAUUAAAAUUGUAUUUG